AUGGGGUAUGGCAGAAUCCUGUUCCUAAGGGCCACAUCGCAAGGGAGUUGCAUCAGAACGUACAUCAGGGUGACAGUUUUCAUUGGCCGCAACAUGCUACAAAGUCUUGCAUACCGGUACACUUAUAAUCACGCCAAUUUGAUAUCGCAACUAAUCCAUCGCGACUACCAAGGGCCCAUUUUCCGCCGCCUCGCUUCCCUCAUUUGCUUCCACUGCUCUACCACCUUGAGUUCUCCUCGUUUCUCUUCCCGCAAGCCUGUUUCCCCUGGGCAAUCUCGAUGGUGCUGCUCGCUUGUACUUCCAAGUUCCAAUCCUCCACUCGUUUCCCGCGCUUUUCUCGAUCUCCUCGACCGGCUCUCCCCGCUGCCUGCUAGACACCAGGGCAUGGGCGACGACAUACUGGCCGAGGAUGAGAAACUUCCCGUUAUGUUUCAGACCGGAGCGACGGGAGUGGGACGAGCUCUAGACCCGAGCACAGACGCCGAUGACCUGGCAGUGGGCGCCAAGGUGGACUUGCCGGUGUGGAUGGUGCCGGCUCUAGCAAAGCGAAACAUGGUGUCGGCCCUGGAGCCCAGAAUGUUCGGCGAGAGGAUUCGGAAGGAGGUGCAAGCAGACGCUGCCUGUGUCAAUCUCCGGGCCUGCUCACCCUACUACUACUCCUUGGGCACCAAGAUUGCUCCUUGGGUGCGGGACAAGACGCUGACGCGCUUCCUGUUCACCACCUUUGUGGAGCGCUACGCUGACCUGCUAACACGUGCCUUUGUGCUCCCGGAGAAGGAGGUGCCUCGCGUGCGCCGCCUCCUGCCCAAGGAAGAGCAGCAAUUGCUGUCUGCAGGGUAUGCAGCUAUGCGCAGGUACACAGCGUGGCAAGAGCAGACUUGGGCAUUUCAGUAUGUAGUGAGAUUAGACCUGACUGGGUUUGGGUUAACUGGUUCGUUGCCCACAACGUUAGGAUCACUGUACCAACCUACUGCUAUUGUGCUCAGCCGCAACACCUUCUCAGGCUCGUCCAUUCCGAGCCAACUCGGCCAGUUAACAAGCCUACAGGCGCUUCUCCUCACCAACUGCCAGCUGGUUGGAUCCAUACCUGACAGCCUCGGCAGCAUGACGAGCCUGACGUACCUCAGCCUCGGGCAGAACCUGCUGGAAGGUCCGGUACCUCCGUUCCUCUUCACAUCUCUUCAAUCCUUGGCGUUUCUCAGCCUGAAUAACAAUAACCUAGGCGGGGAGAUUCCGCCAGAGAUUACCUUAGCACCUCAGUUGCUGAAUCUUUCGCUUCACGUGAACAACCUGACUGGGAGCAUUCCUAGUACAUUGGGCAGCGGAGGUGGGGGGUUGCAGUUGAAGCAGCUGCAGCUGCACCAGAAUCGACUCACAGGGAUGAUUCCCGGGUCUAUUGGGAAUCUGCUGGCACUUGAAACGUUCACAGUGUACAGAAACGCGCUGCUGGGUCCUCUUCCGAUUUUCAUGGGUAAAUUCCCCUCCAGCUCAUACCGAGAGAACGGAUUCUGCAACAUCCAGCCAGGAGGGAGUUGUCCUGCUGAUGUGAACGCCCUGCUCGGGUUUCUGCAAGGUGUAAAUUACCCUUUGACUCUGUCGACUUCUUGGGUAGGAAAUCUCCCAUGUGGGUCUCCUAACUGGCUUGGCGUUACCUGCUCUCCAGGGAGCCAAGCCUCGGUUGUUGGCCUGGUGCUGCCAAACCUGGAUCUGACAGGCUCGGUGGCGUCAUCAUUGGCGAACCUGACGUCAUUAGCAGCCAUAGUUCUCAAGAACAACAACUUAAGCGGCUUCAUCCCGGAUUCCCUCACGUCCUUAAAUCAGCUCACCCUGCUUGACGUCAGCAACAACCGCCUUUCCGGUCCCUUGCCUGCAUUCUCCUCCCAAGUCGAGCUGGUUACCACCGGUAACAGUUUUGGACCGGUGCCAACACCAGCUCCUUCCUCCGCCCCUUCCCCACCAUCCGCCCCCUCCCCUGCCCCUCCUUCCUUCUCCCCACCUUCUUCCCCAUCCCCUGCCCCACCCUCCUCCCCUGCUCCCCCGUCCACCUCCCCCCCGUCCUCCCGCGCGCCCCCGUCCUCCCCUUCCCCUGGAGUCCCUUCCCCCCCUUCAGCCCCCUCCCCGUCCGCAUCAGAGGCGCCUGGGGGGGCUAGUGGCGGGACGGGCGCAGGAGCAGGGGUGGUGGCGGGGGUGGUGGUGGCGGCAGCAGUGGUGGCGCUGGUGGCGGGCCACGUGGUGGGGAGGGGCGGGUUCGGCACGGUGUACCGGGGCGACAUGCCUGAUGGGAGCACGGUGGCUGUCAAGAGAAUGGAGGCUGGACCCGUUACUGAAGCAGGCACUCGAGAGUUCUUGGUGAGUGGGGUAGAGGGGGGGAAGGGUGGCAUAGAUUUGGCACGGUGUACCGUGGAGACAUGCCUGAUGGGAGCACGGUGGCUGUCAAGAGAAUGGAGGCUGGACCCGUUACUGAAGCAGGCACUCGAGAGUUCUUGCCGGGACACGCGAGUUUAUGGUGAGUACCGUGGUGACACGCCUGAUGGGAGCACGGUGGGGAGGGGCGGGUUCGGCACGGUGUACCGUGGAGACAUGCCUGAUUGGAGCACAGUGGUGAUCAAGCGGAUGGAGGCUGGACCCGUUACUGAAGCAGGCACACGCGAUUUUCUGGUGAGUGGGGUAGAGGCGGGAAGGGUGGCACAGGCGGAGGUGGCAGUGCUGUGCAAGGUGCGCCAUCGCAACCUGGUGGCGCUGUUGGGCCACGUCAUGGACCACCACGAGCGCCUGCUCGUGUUUGAGUUCAUGGAGCUGUCAUGUGCAUAUUCAAGCAUCCCUCACGUCCCCUCCCUCCUCUUCCUUCUCCCCUCACUCUCCACCCCAUCCUCCUCCAAUCAGGGUCCGCUGAGUCAGCACCUCUUUGACCCCACCCGCCACGGCCACCGCCCGCUGACGUGGAUGGAGCGACUAGUGGUGGCCGUGGACGUGGCGAGGGGCGUGGAGUACCUGCACAGCCUGGCGGGCGGGCGAGACUCCAUCGUGCACCGCGACUUAAAGCCCGCCAACGUGCUUCUGGAUGGGCGGAGGCGCGCCAAGGUGGCCGAUUUCGGGCUGGCGAAACUGCUGGUUCGGCCGAUGCUGCCGCACGGGGGAGGAUCGGGGAGGGAGGGGGGGCGUGGCAGUGAGAUGGAUUCGGAGAUUGCUCCGUCAGUUGAGACAAGACUGGCUGGCACGUUUGGGUAUCUGGCGCCUGAAUACGCAGCCAUGGGCCGUGUGACAACACGCUCGGACGUGUACAGCUUUGGCGUUAUUCUCAUGGAGCUGUUCACUGGCCGGCGAGCCGUGGACACAUCUCGGCCUGAUCUCUCAGCGCAUCUGGCCACGUUCCUCCUCCCCAUCAUUCCAGACCGUUCCAAGCUUGCACAGGUGGUGGACCCUGCCAUAGCAGCAGGCAUGGCGGAUCACAGCAGUCAGGCGUUUGCCUCGCUCUGCACCGUGGCAGAUCUGGCGCUGCACUGUGUGGCUGCUGACCCGCGCCAGCGACCCUCCAUGACGGACGUGGUCACUUGCUCGCUCCUCUUGUCAGGACCUGGGCCCCUUCGGAAGACGUUUAUGCACGGCAGCAGGGGGAGGGUGAAACAAUGGGGAUGA